AUGGACACCGGUCUGAAGAAGUUAUGGAGUCGCCGAAAACGCAAGCGUCACGAUGGCAUGCGAGAUUCUGGCGUGGGCAGUCUGCGGAAGAGUCAGAGCACCGAUCAAACUGGCCGUUCCAUAACCGAUACCCCUCGAGCAACCCAUGUGCACGAUUAUUCGAUAGACCAUGUGUUCAGUCAUGCGAGCCCAACCUCGACGGCAACCAGUCCUCCGAUAUCAGGCCCCGGUACCAAAAUGCAGCCUAUGCUGGCUGGGAUCGUAAGGCCUCCGACGUCCCUGUCACGGCCUGGUACGUCUGGCAGCGACAGUCUAAUGAGUGCUAUCACUCGCGCCGCAGAUGCCAUUGCCAGAUCAGAACAAGACUACCAAGCGUCGGCAGAGAUGCACCGCCAGAACGGGCUCGGUACCAAGGCCCCUCGGUAUAUCGACAUAUUCUCACUCUACAAUGCGAAGGGCGUCCAUUCUCCAUCUAGAUACAACGAGGAUGUCGCCGAACGCAAUUUGGAUCUGACUCGUGUUGCACUUGAAGGCUCACAAAACGGCUAUAUCUCCUCCUCCAAGUUUCAAGAAGAAGUUGCCAUCAGGAACGCAUACCCAUCCCCUCCCUCAGAUACCAGUAUCAAGGUCUCACUUUUGCUCUCGCAAGAUGGAAUUGACAGACCACGCUCCAGCGGGUGGGUUGGGAAUAUGUCCAGCAGAACAAGCAACCAUCCUCAGAUACCUCGAGGGCCCGAACAUCGCCCGGUGUCAAGGGAGCAGAACGUGGAAAGCUCUAUUGGUUCACAUUUUCGCCAACAGAGUGACCGAUCGUUAGAGUUUCAGCCACAACGGCACGAAUUACCAGCUUCACUGUCCCAACUCAACGGAGUUGCAUCGACAAAUAGACACCCAAGCCACCUGUCGUUAGCAACCCGUCCUCGCCUAGACGGGACGGCAGAUAGAUCUCCUGAAUAUUCCCCGAAUCAUACAGGCAACCCUUCGGAUCAUGAACCCGUGCCAGUACAAACUCUUCGCAGCUAUCAGCUUACAGCGGCUGAACUAACUCAAGCUAGAAUAACCGACCGCCCCCAGCCUUCACAGCUUAAGGACGCAAGGUACACAAGAGGCGCAAAUGGUUCUCAGGGCCCUGGAGGUCCUCUAGGCUCACCUUCCAGUCAUAGUAAUACGCCUUCAGUCAAGCGCGCGAUCAAACUUCCUAAUCGCACCAUCCUGGACUUGACUGGGGAUGACUCCGAAGUCUUUUCCGAAGGAGCUCCUGAGUCAAACUAUAGCUCGUCGCCUGUCGUUGAAGACGCGAAACUCGACACACUGCGCAGAAUUCGUGGAUCUGCUAUCAUUGGACCCACAGCAGAGGAUAGAGCCACCGUUUCAAACUCUCCCCGGACGAAGCCAACACCGGGCUUUUCUGAAAAUGUCCACGCCCGUACUUUUGAGGUUGCGUCAGCCCAACAAGAUCAAGACUCUACUAUAGAGCCGUGGGCGUCAGACACUCAUCCAAGAGGUCCCCGGUCUACGAGCGCCUUUUCGGGGAUCAACACCAUUGUCUCCUCGUCCCCUCGAGCGAGUGUCAUUCUUGGAACUCCGACUACACUGAGUAAUGGCCUUGCUACGGGAGGGCAUUCUCACCCGCAGGAGGCGACUCCUAAUCAGCAGAGUAGGGCGGAGGAAGAGACAUCGGCUUACCAGCCAUCUAUCCAGAAAGCGCCUACCAAAGAUGAAAAUUUGGUACGGAAGCAAGCAAAAGCAGCCCGUGUUCAAGUUGAGCAAGAGUCUGGGUUGAAGCCUAGAAUGAUUGCCAAUGGGAGUGCGGUCACGUCCCAGAAAAAGCAAAACGCCUUUCCAGAGCAAGACAGGUCACAAGCAACGCAAGCAUCCUCAUCCUAUUCCCGAGAUCCUGGGGGAAUGCCCUCAGUCCAACCCUACAUUCACCUGGCUUCCGAGAGUUUGCAACCAGUCGACGCUGUGGGUGCAAAUCGGGCGCCUGGAGUGAUUGCGAGGGACUUCGCAGACAUUGCACCCAAGUCCACCCUUUCUAGCGUCCCUGAAGACGCAGAGCCUGAGGGUAAUAGACGGCCCCAAAGGUCUGGCCGGCUUGGAGAUGAGAGACGAUCUCAUAGCCCUGCUGCGAACCUUGACAGACCCUAUGCAGGAGGCCAGUUUUCGGCGAAGCCGCCCAUAUACGAGUCUACAAUUGACGAGGCAGGCCUUGCGCGGAAGCAAGCAGAGGCUCGUGCCGCUUUGAUCCGACUUCAGGAAAGUUUGAACGAGAACUUUCUCCAGCCUAUUCCCGCACCGUUAGUACGGUCGUCUUCAAGCCCUGGAGUCUCGAGGCGCACGUCGUCCUUCAGCGACCAUGAUCCUGUAGCGCCAGCGUCCAUCUUCACGCAGAUCAAGAACGACUUCCCCGAAAUCAAGGUUGAGGCUGAGAAGUCUGUCGACGGUGGUGGAUCGGAGACGUCGUCUCAUGGGCUCACCACACUCCCACCCACCAACGGCCCUGAAGCCGUUUCGAGGGUUAAGCCCUCUUUUGUUACGGCUCAACGUGACGACGGGCGUCGAAAUCAGAAAGGAAAACAGAGGGUUGAUGUGGCCGCGGACCUUGGUGGACCUGGCCCGCCGGUCCUCACCGAUCAGAUUGAUCUGAAGCAACCAAUGUCACUGUCACUACCGCCUCCGCAUCUCUUUCACCUAGAUGGUUAUAUCAGUAAGCAACAGCAACAGCCUCCACCGAGUCCAGGCGAAAUUUCUCUUUCAAGCUUCCCAGUACCUGUCUCAUCGCCGAGACAGUCAGCCAGAGCGGCCAAUCAUACUACCGGACCACCCCAAGAUGGAGAACAACAGCUACAUGCCCCUGCGUCACUUCAUUCGCGGCCGGGCAGUGGCAGUGUGGAGGUUCGACGGCAGUCGAGCCAACGAAGCCAUGCGAGCAGCGCCUCUGCGUUUAGCAUCCCGUUUCAUCUGAUCCCGGGUCGGUCGAGUAGCAUUCGCGACCAAUCGGUUGUGGAAGAAUGA